AAGCAAGUUCACAUAAAACCUCAAAGUCCACUACAGUCUACAUGGGACGGAUGAGGGAUGUAGGUUUUUUGCCUUAGGCAUAACAUACCCAUGAGAGAUUUGUUAGGAUGUGCCAUAGCCAAAAGGAAUCUCUCCCGGUGCUUAGAAUCUGCAUGUUUUGGACAACAGUUAAACUAUUUAUUUUAUAUCAGUUUAAAUCAGAAUUAAUGCAGAAUGAAGGGCCGUGCUAGCAGUUUACUAUACCUUUACUCUCAAAAAAUUCCCUAGCCAAAACACUUCCCUAAAAUCAGCUAUUUAAUGCAGCCCCUUUGCCAACCCAUUGCUAUGGGAACUCAGUCUUUCAUUUAUUUGCAAAACCAGACAUAUUCUUGUCUUGUGUGUGGAGCUGAAAUUCUAGACUUCUGACGGAAAAAUGUUCUUGCAGAGUUUUCCUGAUCAAGAUGUACUGGGCCAGGCUUUCGAAGAUGUGCUAGAAGUCCUGCAGCAGCAUUCUGACAGAGAAAUGCAGUAUUCACCAGGUUGUAAAAGUUGCCUGACUGUGAUCAACCAUCACCACCACCUCCGAGCAAGUCCCAGCUACUCUGCAGCACCAGAGGAGCAAGGGUAUAGCUGGAGAAAUGUGAUUAACAGUGCAGCUGAUUUUUAUGCAGAUGAGACUGUCUACCAUAUGCUGCAGAAUACUCCAGAAAGCCAAGUGAUGCAUGCUGCUGCUGGCCAGCCAAAAGCAGGGAAAGGUAGAAAAAAACUUCGACUGUUCGAGUACCUCCAUGAGUCUCUGUAUGAUCCAGCUAUGGCAAACUGCAUCCAGUGGGUGGAUAAGCCCAAUGGCAUCUUCCAGUUUGUCUCCAAAAACAAGGAGAAACUUGCAGAGCUUUGGGGAGAAAGGAAGGGAAACCGCAAGAUCAUGACAUAUCAGAAAAUGGCAAGAGCACUGAGGAAUUAUGGAAGAACAGGUGAAAUAGUUAAAAUUAGAAGGAAGCUGACAUACCAGUUCAGUGCUGUUGUUUUAAAGAGACUCGCUCCAUCUUAUUUCUUGGGAAAAGAAACAGUUUAUCAUCCAUACAUUCAGUCUAAUCAAGAAUAUCAGUGUGCAGAUGACUGGAUGAGUUACAGUAAUUACGUGUAUAACAAUGGCUAUGCAUUACAGCAUACUAACAGCUAGACAUGUCUUUCACAUGAGCAGGUCUUUGCUAGCUAGUAAUACUUUCCAGCACCGGAACUCUUCUUUGUACAUAGCUUUUCCUUUAAGAUAUCAUACAAACACAAAAAGAGGAGGCUUUUUAAAAUUAUAUUGGCUUAUUUUUGUUCCUUUCGAAGGUAAUAAGAAAUGGCCACUGAAUGUUGAAGAAAACCAGCAGCGGUAGGGCAUGUUCUAUUCUCCAUGGCAUUAAUCAGAGGAAUUAUUUCAGAUUCAAGCUGGUAUAUCCAAGAUCUGGGAUUAAGGCUUUUGUUUGUUAGUGGAUAUCAAAGACAUCCCAUCCUGAUAACACUCAUAGGAAGUUUUAUGCAUAUCCCCAGCAUUUCCAAUCCGAAUUCAAAUACUGCAGGUAAUCCCUAUCAGUUUGGUGCAUGCAGAUUAGAAAGGGAAGAGAUUUGCCAACUGCAUGAAGCUACUGUCUGCUUAAUAUUCUUUCUUAAGAGACAUCUUCUGAAUGGAUGCCUGACUGAAAAAUAGAGACCACACGAAGGUGCACCUGCUGGCCAAAUUGUUAAUCCUUUGUCACUUAAAUUAACAUAUUCUAGCGCAGAUCCUGACAUAUGGUAUUAGAAAUGCCAGGUGCACACUUCACUGUUGGCAGUGGAUUCAUUGGGAAAAUGACCAUACCAUGAGAGCGUUAGUAAAUGAUUGUGCUUUUCAUGAAGUUAUUUACAGGUCUUUCCCCACUAAUACAAGAAGCUGCACCUUAUCAAGCAGUUCAAUACCCAUCUAACAAACGUAGCUUUGUUAUCAAUUUAUCAAUAACUUUAUAGAUAUAAAUACAAUUUCACUUCUCCAGCUUUUUUCCUACAUGGGAAUGUAGCUGAAAAGCUCAGUGGUUUU